UUUGAGGUACCCUUCAUAAUUUCCCAAUGCCCCAGAUUCGUUUCUAUACUCAUUCUCUGGUUUGAUUAAUAAUCAUAGCCACCCACCCACCCACCCAAAAGUCUCAUUCCUAAUUCUCUAGCUAUUUGCUUCAACCUCUCCUCCCUUCUUCAUAUAUAUAUAUCGACUUCACCCUCUCACCCAAUUCCCCAUUUCAACACAACAAAGCAAAAGAAAGAACAGCUCCCAGAUGGGUUUUGAUGAUCAGCAUGCUUGCAACACAGGCCUUGUCUUAGGUUUAGGUCUCACAGCUUCCCAAUACAGCACCAGUACUCCAACUCCACAAAAGGCUCAACAUCCCAUGAUGAAUAAGAAGCCUGAUUCCUUCGAGCCAUCUUUAACUUUGGGUCUGUUUGGAAAUAGUUUUCAUGAGGAUGAUCAUCAUCAAGGGAAUAAUAGUCUUGAUUUGUAUAGGCAAGGGUCUCCUCAUAAUAGUCAUAGCGCAGUUUCUAAUUCCUUCUCGAGUGGUAGAGUGGUCAAGAGGGAGAGAGACAUCAGUAGCGAGGAGGUUGAGGUUGAGAAGCAGGUCUCUUCCAGAGUGAUUAGUGAUGAAGAUGAAGAUGGUCCUAAUGCAAGAAAGAAGCUCAGGCUCACCAAAGAACAGUCUGCGCUCUUAGAAGAAAGCUUCAAACAACACAGCACUCUCAACCCUAAGCAAAAGCAAGCUUUAGCCAGGCAGUUAAGUUUGAGGCCUCGACAAGUAGAAGUUUGGUUCCAAAACAGGAGGGCCAGGACAAAGCUUAAGCAAACAGAGGUAGACUGUGAGUUCUUGAAGAAAUGCUGUGAAACUCUGACAGAUGAGAACCGGAGGCUACAGAAAGAGGUACAAGAACUCAAGGCUCUGAAGCUCAGCCAACAACAACCGUUGUUCAUGCACAUGCCGGCGGCGACUCUCACCAUGUGUCCUUCCUGUGAAAGGAUCGGAGGAAGCGAAGGUGCUAAUUCAAAUAAGAGCCCCUUUUCAAUUGCUCAUCCAAAGCCUCACUUCUAUAAUCCUUUCACCAAUUCUUCUGCAGCUUGUUAAUUACAUAUAUAAUUAGGGUAUUAAUUAACUAAAUACUAUAUUAAUUAGGAUAAUGAAUUAGACAAGGAAAAAAGAAAAAGAGGUCGAUAUCCAACCCUAGGCCCCCUCCCGUAACCCCUAUUUUUCUUUUGGUUAAGGGCUUGUAGUCAAAAGGGUUUAUUGUAAUUAAUUUUGUAGAAAUUAUAGUAAUUACGUACGGAUCAUUACCUUUAAAUUUUGGUUUUUUUUUCUUCGUAUGUUUAUUAUGUUUGUAAAUCGAUGAACAAUAUAUAUGAAGGGAAUAUUACUAUUUAUCUUUUGUAAGUU